GCCCAGACAGACACGUUGGGCUGUGUGGGCUCUGGUUCUAGCCUCAAGCUCUGCUGGUCGAGCCUGACUGCCACCAAUGAAGGACCACAAAACGAAAAACCACUGGGGAACUUCCACAGCUCGUCCGCACCUUUUUCAAAGGUCACCGACCUGUGAGGAAGGAGUGAUCCGGUUUCAUCUCUAUUUGUCAAUGACACUGAACUUUCAUGUUCCUGACGAGAGCUUUUAUCAAGUGAGACGAUGGCCAAGGUGUGCGGCCUCUACGUCGGGGUAGUAACAGCUCUGGCCUUAUGUAAAUACUCCCUGGCAGAAUGGAAUGCCACCGACGAGUCGGCCAAUCGAACCGAGUCCCUCGGGCAUCACCACGGCAACGGAGACAACUGCACAGUUUCACCGACAGACCCGAUAGAUACAGGGCAGUGGACCGGUCACUUCUCCGAAUGUCCAGAGGAACUGACGCACUACUGCAUCCACGGGGAUUGUCGUUACAUCCGAGAACAGGAGGCCCCGUCGUGCAGGUGUCAGCGGGGUUACAUCGGCUCCAGGUGUGAAUAUCUGGACCUCGACUGGCGGAUAGGAGAGAAGCGACAAAUCGUAAUCGUCUGCAUCAUCGCGGGGCUCGUUCUCCUCGUCCUCCUCAUUGUGUUCAUGUGCUUCUGUUCACAUCGCAGGUGCAGAUUGUGGCGGCGGAGGGGAAGACGGAGGGAAGAAGAACACAGGAACGGGACGGAGAAGCUCCCCAUGAUGGACGCCGGCGCGUCGCACACGACCUCGAGGACCGGCUCCACCGAGGCCGCACACACCGACAGCGUAUGAGACGAGUGCGCGACCUCAAGCCGGGGACUUGUUUGGACAUCAGGGACUUUGUCUUUCAUGGGACAGCUGCUGCCUCUUCUCUCACAGCGACGGCCGUGAGCCAUCGGAGGUCCUCUGAGCGGGCAGGAGGCCCGAAGGCUGUUAGACCCUCCUCAAAGGCUGAGUUAUACCCUUCUAAAGGCUGUUAGACCCUCCUAAAGGCUGAGUUAGACCCUCCUCAAAGGCUGUUAGACCCUCCUAAAGGCUGAGUUAGACCCUCCUCAAAGGCUGUUAGACCCUCCUAAAGGCUGUGUUAGACCCUCCUAAAGGCUGUUAGAUGCUCCUAAAGGCUGUGUUAGACGCUCCUAAAGGCUGUUAGACCCUCCUAAAGGCUGUUAGACCCUCCUAAAGGCUGUUAGACCCUCCUAAAGGCUGUUAGACCCUCCUAAAGGCUGUUAGAUGCUCCUAAAGGCUGUUAGACUCUCCUAAAGGCUGUUAGGCCCCCCUAAAGGCUGUGUUAGAUGCUCCUAAAGGCUGUGUUAGACCCUCCUAAAGGCUGUGUUAGAUGCUCCUAAAGGCUGUUAGGCCCCCCUAAAGGCUGUGAGACCCUCCCAAAGGCUGUGUUAGAUGCUCCUAAAGGCUGUUAGACCCUCUCUAAAGGCUGUUAGACCCUCUCUAAAGGCUGUGUUAGACCCUCCUAAAGGCUGUUAGAUGCUCCUAAAGGCUGUGUUAGACGCUCCUAAAGGCUGUGUUAGACGCUCCUAAAGGCUGUUAGACCCUCCUAAAGGCUGUUAGACCCUCCUAAAGGCUGUUAGACCCUCUCUAAAGGCUGUGUUAGACCCUCCUAAAGGUUGUUAGAUCCUCUUCUUAUAGGGUAGCCUUGCCUGGAUAAUUGAUGAACCUUCCAAACAAAUAAGAUAAACACAAGUUGGAGACUUGGUUAAGCUGGGUGGUUUUUUCCCCGAUGCCGCGCAGCAGCAGGUGCUUGUGUCUGUGUUUAGUAAUCAGUGGUUGCUAUGUCGGAAAAAAGCUGUGACACCAGCUGGCAGCCGGUAAUAACAGUUGUUCUGGUUCGUAGUUUAAGUGGGAGACACGUGGACUGAAAAAUGAGAGGGAAAGGCACUGUUAAGCACACUCUGUGUAAAUAGAUCAUUUAAUGUCUGGUGAUGCUUCAGCAUCACGUCUCUAUGUGUCAUGUUGUUUCUGGUGAGCCCACAGAUUAUUUAUGUAUGCCUCCAUGUGGACCCUCGCAGAAUAUUGUUACUCAUGAACGUCAGCAAUGCAAGCGGAGCCUUCUCUGUACGACACGGUCGCACUUCUGGACUCCCGGGUUUGGACGAGGACAAGGAGAACUUGUGCCGGAGGCUUUUUUUGAACCGUACAUUCGGAGCCGAGCGGUCUCCGAGGCUAGAACAGCCGAGCCUGUGUGCGGAGGCCCGGCGGAGGUGAAAGUGCUCCACUGUAUGAGACACUUUCACAAACUGUCUGCCUUUCACAGGGCUGUUUUUACCGUGUGUGUGUGUGUGUGUGUGUGUGUGUGUAUCAACUGCAUCUAAAUGUAGAAGGAAGAGGCAGUGAAGUCGGCUCCCGCUGUUUAUACGCCACCCAUCAAUAAAUAUGUCGACUGUC